CAGUUUAUAGAAUCGUAGUGUGUAUGAAAUCUAUUGGGUGAUCCGUGAUCCCCUUCAAAUCUCAGCUGACGAAGCCCAAUUCACCGAAUUCGCACGCUAGGGUUUUUUGGAAGAGCACAAUUUUAGGUGAUCCGGCCCUUUUUCUCCUCCCAAUCGGACACAGCUUUAUCUCCACUGCUUAUUCAAGACAAUAAUCAUCCAUUUUACUCGAUUUUAUUGUAAUUUUUCUCCGGCUAAAUCGGGAAAAGCGCAUUCCCAUGUUGGCUGUUGGGUUUAUGAUCUUCACCGGUUAAGGAUUUGCAAGCAAAGAAUAAUCGUCAUUGGUAGCUAAGUAGUAUUAAAACCCUUUUAUGAUAUAGGAAAUUGAUAAUUGGAUUAGGGGGAAAACCCUUUCAGUCGAGCUGAAUUUUUUACCGUUAAGUAGUUCCGAGUAAUGGCUACCAGGGCAAUGCUUGAUGCGCUGAUGAAAAAUCCAAACUUUGGGAACCAAACGUUUAGCUUGGGAACCAAACGUUUAGCUCCAGAGGCCUAUUCUCCGGCAGCUAUGUGGGCGUUUCCUCCUCUGCCGCCGCCACUUCUUUCGCUAUUGUACCUCCUUUUGCAUAUCGAGCUUUGUUUGGGGAUGGCACUAUGCAAAUUGCCUACUGUGAUGCUGGUGCAAUCUUAGAUGGAGAUUUUAGUUCUGUUAUGCAGAGCUUGAUCAUUUAUUUGCAUACCUUGCUUGGAAGUUGUAGUACUAAAUUAGUGAUUUAUAUAGUAGAACAUCAACAUUGCUUCUGCUGUACCUGUAUCUUUUGGAGGCGCUUAGUGUUCGGGAUUAGCCUAGAUAGAUCAGAACGGUAUAGUAUAGACCGUGCUAGUGUUUCAAGGAUGAUUUAUGUGUGAGGGUUCCAUACUAAGCGAAGUUUAUAUAGUAUUUGCAUGUCUUAUGAAAUUGAAAGGCCUUGUGUCCAAACAUUUAUCUGUAUCACAGUUACGUGGUAUUACUCGUGGUCGAUCUUAUUGUUUGGCUGAUAUUAUUAAUGUAUCCAUGAUUUUUCUCAGGGAUGGCACUAUGCAAAUUGCCUACUGUGAUGCUGGUGCAAUCUUAGAUGAAGAUUUUAGUUCUGUUAUGCAGAGCCCGCAAGUUGGCUCUAGCUAUGUUGAUGCAGCUGUUGGUGACAAUUAUGGCAAAAGUUUUUCUACUGGGAAUGCUUUGGUGAAUGAAUUAAGACACGGUUUCAAGCAGUACGAUAUCCAGCUGAAACCACUCUUCUCGGCAUUUCAUUGGAAAAAUUUAGGCCUGACAUCAUUGAGGUCGUUUAUGUUAUUCUAUUUGCCUCUUUUGGAACCCCGUCCACCCACAGAAGAUGAAGACGAUGAAGAUUUUCUAGCUGAGAAUCCCAUAGAGCAUCAUGUAGAUUUGGUUGAGCCAUUUAAGAAAUCAGUGAUACAAAUCAUCCGUGAGACAAGUGUGGUUACCACAAGGCGUAUCCUUGAAAGACUCGCAGUUCAUUAUGCUUCACAACGCAUAGCAUGGAAACUUCUCAAGGAUGUUCCCAAGUCUGCAAUUCGGAAGGCAUCAAGGAAAUUGCCAACUUGUACAUUAUGUUUCUGUGUUAGCAGAACCACCUUCAGAGGACAUCUCCUCGGAGAUGCAGCUUCUUGGGCUGUUCAAGUUGGCCUUGAUAUGUAUGGAUUUAUCUACUGUACAGCUAAAUCCAAGAAAGACAUUCAUGAAACAACUCAUAUGAAAGAUGAAUUUAAGAUCCUUGGAAAGAAGGUUUAUGGUACCACUGUCCGAUGCGCUGCCUCGCUCGUUUUUGCAUCUGUCGGAGCUGGCAUUGGUGCUACAUUAAUUCAUCCCUCAACAGGGCAGUGGGUUGGGUGUGCGCUUGGCGAUUUAGGAGGCCCGAUUAUCAUUGCUUUAUGCUUCGAGAAACUUCGUUGGGUACUCUAAAUGCUCAUAUCAGCGGAGAAUUAUACAUACGCUCAGAUUUUGUUAAAUAUCAUUUUUUCUUUUAAAUUGGGGGAUUGUAAUUGUAGAAAUAAUUCAGUCAUAAACAAUAAAAAUUG